AUGUUAAAAGAUAGAGCUCAAAGAGAUUUUGAUUGUGAAAAAGAAAUAUCAAAUGUUAGGAAGAAGUUAGAAGAAAUCGAUAGCGAAGUUAAACGUUUAACAUCUAAAGUUAUACAAGACCAACAAACAUAUUCAACAAUUCAACAAGAUAUUACAGCAAUCAACACUCAAAUACCAUCUUUAGAAGAACAAAAAAAAUUAGCAGUUUCUGAUGAACGUCAAAAAUAUUUAGAAUUAAAACGUUCAAGUUUAGGAAUUGAUCAAGAAAAUUUGAGAAAAGCAAGAGAAAAUUUGGAACAUUACAAUUUAGAGUUGGUUGAAAUCGAGGAAAAAAUUGGAUCUGAGUUACGUGAGGAAUUACAAGAAAUAUUGCUACAACUUCGAUCAAAAUAUGAUUUAUCAGUAGAAAAAAAUUUGACAAUAUUACAAGAACUAUUAAAACAUGAAAUCAAAGGAAUAGAAUAUCGUAUUGAAAAUAUUAAAUUAAGGUGUGGUGGUGGUGUAUUGUUGAGUGAUAAACAAGGUGGCGUGGAGGAUAAAGGAGAUUUAUCGAAAGAAAAUAAAUUAAUGAACAAUCAUCAAAAUCAAAAUAAUUUGGAAAAUUCAUUGAAUAAUAAAGUUGUUAAUGAUGAUGAUAAAGUUCGUCUUGAAGAGUUGGAAAAAAGAUUACAAGAGGCCGUGGGUCAUGAAGAUUAUCAUCUUGCAGAUCAAAUACAAAAUGAGAUUGGGAAAAUUCACGAGAACAUUUAA